CCUGGAAGAAGAUACAAUCGAAUUGGGGGAGAGUUGCUGGAGAGGUCCUGCUUAGUUGCUUCACUCACUUGCCUUCUCUCCGUUAUCGUCUCUUUCUGCGCAGUCAUCGAGCGCCUUCGUUUCAGUGGAUAAGGCCCCAUUACUCUGGAAAAUCCCGAACUCGCUUCCACAUAUUAAUUUAGAAAAAGGUAUAUAUUAAAAAAAAAUGGCUCACACUUUGGUCUCCACCUCGGCUUCGUCACUCCGAUUCAACUCCCUAGCUUUGGCUCCAAACCCUACCUCUUACUCCGACUCUCUCAAGCUCUCUCUCCCUUUCGAACCCUUGCGUUCAAGGAAAUUAAGAAAGCUAGUUGGUAAUGUGAAGAAUGCUCAACAGUCAUCCAUCAAGGCCGUUUACUCUAGUGAGUAUUGGGUGCCAGAGAAGAACUCGCGUGAGGGAAUUUGGUCCAUAAGGGAGGAUUUGCAAACCCCAUCGUCGCCGUACUUCCCCACAUAUGCACAGGGACAGGGGCCACCACCAAUGGUGCAAGAGCGCUUUCAGAGUGUCAUUAGUCAGCUCUUUCAGCAUAGAAUAAUUCGAUGUGGUGGUGCUGUUGAUGAUGACAUGGCCAACAUAAUUGUUGCUCAACUUCUUUAUCUCGAUGCUAUUGAUCCUAGCAAGGAUAUUGUUAUGUACAUAAAUUCCCCCGGUGGAUCGGUUACUGCUGGAAUGGCCAUAUUUGACACAAUGAAGCAUAUCCGGCCUGAUGUCUCCACCGUAUGUGUUGGACUAGCUGCCAGUAUGGGGGCGUUCCUGCUAAGCGCUGGCACUAAAGGAAAAAGAUACAGUUUACCGAACUCAAGGAUUAUGAUCCAUCAGCCGCUUGGUGGAGCUCAAGGUGGGCAAACUGAUAUAGAUAUUCAAGCAAAUGAAAUGCUCCAUCAUAAGGCGAACUUAAAUGGCUACCUCUCCUAUCACACUGGUCAAAGUCUAGACAGGAUUAACCAGGACACCGAUCGCGAUUUCUUCAUGAGUGCGAAAGAAGCUAAAGAAUAUGGACUUAUAGAUGGUGUGAUUUUGAAUCCUCUCAAAGCUCUCCAGCCUUUGCCCGUUGCAGCAGCUGACAGUGAAGCCGAUAAGUCUACAUCAGACAGCUAAGGUCAUAUGGCCUGUAAACUUCUCCCCCAAAAAGCAUAUGAUUAUGAAUGACUGUUGUAGAGUUCGAUGAAAGGAUUAUUAUAGUUUGCCCAUCUCAUCUAAUGCUGAGUGAUUUUAGUAUCCUUUGUUAAGACUUGAAACAGAGUAGUAGGAAAAUCUUUAAGUUUUGACAUUUGGCCACUGCGAGUCAAAUAUUGAGAAAUAGAUUAUUUGCAAUUUACUUA